AGUCACAAUCAUUUAUUGUCAUCCAACUGGAGCAUUGAUUUGUCUGUUCAUACACUACAAGAAGUGAAAAUGAAUUACAAUGAGCUAAGUGAAAUUCCAUAUUUCGGAGAAACAACUUCUAACAUAACUCUUCUCUCCCUGGUACACAAUACCAUCCCAGAAAUAAAUGCUGAGCAGCUCCAAGUUUACCUUUCACUGGAAAAUCUAGAUCUUAGUUCUAAUCUUAUCUCAGAAAUCAAAGCUUCUUCUUUUCCACGGAUGCAAUUGAAAUACCUGAAUCUGAGUAACAACAGAAUAACUACCCUAGAAGCAGGCUGUCUUGAUAACUUAUCCAGCUCGCUGAUGGUGGUAAAGCUGAACAGAAACAGGAUUAGUGUGAUUCCACCAAAGAUCUUCAAGUUGCCUCAUGUGCAGUUCCUGGAACUGAAAAGGAACCGGAUUAAAAUAGUGGAAAGUCUUACAUUCCAAGGACUGGAAUCCUUAAAAUCCUUGAAAAUGCAGCGCAAUGGGAUUAGCAGACUAAUGGAUGGAGCAUUCUUUGGCCUGGGUAAUAUAGAAGAAUUAGAACUGGAACAUAAUAACUUAACAGAAGUAAACAAGGGCUGGCUGUACGGUCUACGGACACUGCAACAACUCUAUGUUAGCCAAAAUGCCAUUAGCAGGAUCAGUCCAGAUGCAUGGGAGUUCUGCCAGAGACUUUCUGAGCUAGACUUGUCAUACAACCAGCUAACUCGCCUCAAGGAGUCUGCCUUUGUGGGACUUGGUUUUCUGGAGAAGCUAAACCUGGGUGACAAUCACAUUAGUCACAUUGCUGAUGGAGUUUUUAGAGGUCUGACGAAUCUUCGAACCUUGGAUUUGCGGAACAACGAGAUCUCCUGGGCCAUAGAAGAUGCAAAUGAAGCAUUUGUGGGACUCGGCAGGCUGGAUAAACUGAUCUUGCAAGGAAACCAGAUUAAGUCAAUUACCAAAAAAGCAUUCUCUGGUCUUGAAGGACUUGAACAUCUAGAUCUAAGCAACAAUGCAGUAAUGUCCAUCCAAGAAAAUGCAUUUGCCCAGGCUCACCUGAAGGAGUUAAUUUUGAACACCAGCAGCUUGCUCUGUGACUGCCAGCUGCAGUGGCUGCCACGGUGGCUUGCUGACAGCCAGCUGCAGGGGGCUGUGGACCUGAGCUGUGCUCACCCUGAAUGGUUGGCAGGACAGAGCCUUCUCAGUGUGGACCCUGGUGACUUUGUCUGUGAUAAUUUCCCAAAACCACAGAUAAGGGUGCAUCCUGAGACCACAGUCGCUCUUCGAGGCAUGAAUGUGACUCUGACCUGCACUGCUGUCAGCAGCAGCGACUCGCCCAUGUCUCCUGCCUGGCGCAAGGACAGUGAAGUGCUCUAUGAUGCAGAGGUGGAGAACUUUGCCAGAUACCAGCAGCAAAGUGGAGAGGUGGUCGAGUAUACCACUGUCUUGCAUCUUUUCAAUGUGAAUUUCACUGAUGAAGGGAAGUACCAGUGCAUCAUCACCAAUCACUUUGGCUCCAAUUAUUCCAACAAAGCCAAGCUGACUGUCAAUGAGCUACCUUCCUUCCUGAAAACCCCCAUGGAUCUCACUAUCCGCACUGGGGCGAUGGCCCGGCUGGAGUGUGCUGCAGAGGGCCACCCUACCCCUCAGAUCUCCUGGCAGAAAGAUGGUGGCACAGACUUCCCUGCUGCGAGAGAGAGGAGGAUGCAUGUCAUGCCUGAGGAUGAUGUGUUCUUUAUUGCAAAUGUGAAAAUAGAAGACAUGGGAAUCUACAGCUGUAUGGCACAAAACAUUGCAGGGGGGUUGUCAGCCAAUGCCACACUGACUGUGUUGGAAACCCCUUCCUUUGUGAGGCCCCUGGAGGACAGGACGGUGACCCGCGGCGAAACCGCUGUCCUGCAGUGCAUCGCCGGGGGCAGCCCUGCCCCGCGCCUCAACUGGACCAAGGACGACGGGCCCUUGGCAGUCACCGAGCGGCACUUCUUUGCUGCAGCAAACCAGCUCCUGAUCAUUGUGGAUGCUGGGCUAGAGGAUGCUGGGAAGUACACGUGCAUUAUGUCCAACACGCUGGGCACUGAGCGUGGCCACAUCUACCUGCACGUCCUGGCUGCCCCAAACUGUGACUCCUCUCAGAGCGGCAUCAUCCACGAGGAGGACGGCUGGACAACGGUUGGCAUCGUGAUCAUCGUGGUGGUGUGCUGCGUGGUGGGAACGUCCCUGGUGUGGGUCAUUGUCAUCUACCACAUGAGGAGGAAGAGUGAGGAUUACAGCAUCACCAACACAGAGGAGAUGAACCUGCCUGCAGACAUUCCCAGCUACCUGUCCUCCCAAGGAACUCUGUCAGAGCCUCAAGAAGGCUACAGCAGCUCAGAGGCAGGAAGCCACCAGCAGCUGAUGCCUCCAGCCAGCAGCUACGUGCAUAAAGGCACAGAUGGUGGCACAGCACCCCUGGUGAUCUGCUCAGACUGUUAUGACAAUGCAAACAUCUACUCGAGGACACGAGAGUACUGUCCCUAUGCCUACGUCUCAGAAGAGGAUCCCCUGGAUCCAACUCUCCCUAACCUCAUGGUGCAGAUGCCUAAGGAAAUGUAUACAGCACACACCCAGCAUGAAACCAGCACUCUUGAUAAUCUGUUAGCAGACAGAGACAUGACUGUCUUCCUUACCAACCAUGACAAAAUUAGUGAAAAGAAAGUCUCCUCCCAGCAGAUGAAUGAACCCUUUCAUCUUCCUUUGUGGGGGGUGAGCAAAGAGCUCGGUCUGUCCCACGCUCACUUCCUGCACCAGCCGCGGCGCGAGGGCAGCGCGGGGGAACCUGCCGCGUCACCCCGGCCCUGCCACGGGGCACGUGAGCACAGCUGUGACUGUCACUGGGCACGGAAUGCCCAUGACUACAGUGAAACCAUGUCAGACCCUAAAAUGAAGUCUUGA